UCAUCUCAGAAGAUCGAAGCAAACUGCAAUUGUAGGUGCGUCUUAUGCGUAGUAAGCAACAAGCGUUGGUACACCUCGAAGAAGAUUUACGCCAAUCGCAGUUGUCCAACUCCAGCAAUCUGCAUCUCGGCAAUCACCUUCAGAAUUUGGUCCACGUAAGCAAAGAGCUCUCGACCGUGAAGACGAGGCCGACGACACCCGUCCUGGCGAACGACGGAGGGGGCGGCUUCUGGCUGGCCACAGUGGCCGCGGGGGCGAGUACCCCAGCCGGGCUGCCCCCGCACGGGACCCAUCAUCCAGCCAUGGACCCGACAUGCGGAUCCGCCGAAACUGGCUUUAUCAACAGCCAGCCCUCCAUGGCCGAAUUCAUGACAGCGUUGCCGCAAUUAGCCGGGGACAGCAGCCUACAACACUCACCGGGGACCGGUGGAUCCAUCAGUCCUGGCGCUCAUCAUCCCGCAUAUCAUACCAUGAUGGAUCCCCACAGUGUCGCUGACCCCUCGGGUGUCAAUGUUCCUGAAUAUCCUUGGAUGAAGGAGAAGAAAACCACUAGGAAAAGUAAUCAGCAGGAGAAUGGCUUGCCAAGAAGAUUGCGAACGGCCUACACGAAUACCCAACUUCUCGAGCUGGAAAAAGAGUUUCAUUUCAACAAAUAUCUUUGUCGACCGCGAAGGAUAGAGAUCGCAGCAUCACUGGAUCUUACAGAGAGACAGGUGAAGGUUUGGUUUCAAAAUCGACGAAUGAAACACAAACGGCAGACACUCAGCAAAGAAGAUGGCGACGAGAAGGACGGUUCCACAUCGGAUGGCAUGGAGAAAUCUAAAGGCGACAAAAUGUUAUCUCCUGAUAACGACGAGAAGAAGAGCUGUCAUAACUGUGAUAUUUCGGGUGUAAGCGAUGUCGGUAGUACUCUUACCGGCGACGUUACCGAUCUAGGUUCUUCUGGCCGAAGAAGCAGCAACAACAACAACACACCUGGCGCGACUAAUAACAAUAACAAUAAUAACAGUAAUACUGGUUUCAACACGAAUAGCAAUGGUGCCAGUAGCGUCGGCAGUACCAACAGCGUGUCUAGCUCAUUUGAGAAGAUGAUGGUGGACGACGAUUCGAGGUCGCAGGAUGGGAGCGAAGUGACAUCACCGAGCGUGACGAAAAAAUUGUCGGGCGAGGUGAGAGUGAAAGUCGAGAGCGAUCAUAAGAGUCCGAACACCGCGAAGCAGCAGCAGCAACAGCAGAUAUCGGUGAGCAAGAAAUCGCCAUCGGCCAGCGGGAAGGACAUGUGCUCGGUUAACAGUAACGGCGUAUUACUGGCCAUGCCGGACUCGACGGUCAGCACGCCGGUUCUACCCGGUCAGAAUUCCACGAGAAGUCUGACGCCCUCCUCGACACCCGGCACCCCCGUCUCCGUCCAGCUUCAGCAAGGCAGCCCCCUUGGUAUCCAGCAGACGACUCACGCGGCCUACAUGCAGAGACCGCGUAGCUCACCGUCCUCCACGACCGCGUUGCCGGCGCCAAUAUUGCAUGCCUCCGCAAAUCCAGGCACGAUGUCGCCUCACGGCAGUCGAGGCAUCUCAGGCAAUCAGCAGGCGCACUUCCAGCAGCAGGGUGUCUAUCAGUCGACGCCGGCUGUCGAUUAUCGGAACGGCCUGCCCACCAACAGGCAGAACAUACCUACAGCGACGCAACAGACACAAUCGCAGAAUAGUUACUGCUCCCGGGACGCGUAUCAGCAACCAAGGAUCUCUUAUCCCGGUGAGGUGAACUCUCUGUACGUCAGGCAGAACCAGUCGGUGGGCUCGAGAAUGGCGCAUCACGCCCGAACGACAACGGGCGCGACAUCGAGAUCGAUGUACGGCGCCGCCAACAUGCAGCAGUUUCAUCAGCAGCAGCUGCAGUACGGCAGCACCGGGGAAUACAAUGGGUAUCCGCAAGCCGGGCCGCCCUAUCACGCUUAUCACCGAGGUAUGCAGAGCGCCGCCAACGCCUACGGCACUGGUCAGGGAUACUCGGCGACGCAGAACGAGCAAGGCACAAACGAUGGCUACAUGACACCCGGGAAUUACUCGGGUUACUCGACCAGCGGCAGUUAUCAUGGCGGGACUGGCGAGAAUCUGGCGACGCACGGCCACGCCGUCGUGCCCGGUCAGCACGGCUAUUUCAACGACAUCCAGCAGCAACAGCAGCAUCCGCAGCAACAUACUGCCGAGGGCUACGUCACUCAUCAACCGCCAAUGCAUCCCAGUUCGGGCGACUAUCGGCCAAGCGGCAGCAAGUGUCAUCCGGGCGCGUAUUACGAGCAGACCGGUCAGCUGCACGUUCAUCAGGGAGGGGAGGCGUCCAACAUCCCUAACAGCUACGUUUCAUCCCCCGAUCCGUUCCCGGCACCCGGUAUGACGACGACCGCGACGGCGAUCGCGGCCGCCACCGCGGCGGUUAUCACGCCACCCGGGAGCACUGGGCAGACCGACAGUAACAACGAAUCCUACAGCAAUUACGGCAAUUUCUACGGCGAUCCGGUGCAUUCGGCUGCGACGGCGGCACCGCCGCCACCGUCCGCUGACAACAGUAACAGCUCGUCCGACUUUAACUUCCUGAGCAAUCUGGCGAAUGAUUUCGCGCCCGAGUACUAUCAGCUCAGCUGA